AUGCCCGGCAGCCGCGUUGGCCAGCAUGGGAGGCCGCCAGUCGAGUCGACGGGCAAGCAAGAGGACGACAUGGCGACGUGGUGUUCGGAGGCGCCGCACAGCCUCGUGGGCCCCUCGUCACUUGACCAGCAGACGCUGCGAGGCGUCGAGGAAGAAUGCCUCAGGAGCCUCAGGAGCCUCAGGGGGUCCCUCGGACGGCGGGGGCACAGCGAGGCCCUGGUGCUGGCAAGUCUGGCCGCCUUUGGUGGCCGCAUCAUGGCUGCUCCCUACUUCCAUCCCGUACACCCGGCCCUCCAAGCACCAGAACUGGAAGAUCUGACCGCUGCAAUCCCUCCCUAG